ACACAUGGCCAUUUCUUGCAUUUGUUGGUGGCUAUCUGUCCAUCCAGAAUCACAACAACUCGCCGACUUGUGCCACCGUCGAGCUUGCGUGUGCCGCCCUCUUGUGGCCCAGUUGGGUAGCGGUGGCGUGCGCACAUCGGACGAGCCUGUGGCAAGUGCCUCCGCGGAUUGUUGUGAGGAAAGGAGAAGCCCAGCAAAGCGUAUGCGGUUUACACCUUGUACACAGAUGGCCGCGUGACUCGUAUCUUGUCUAUUAGGUACACAAAUGAACGUCUGAAGGUAUAUGCACGUAUAGGUAGGUGUACAUGAAUAUCUCGCCACAACGAAGGCUGACGGGGAAAUAUGUAAUCAAACCAACGAAAGGCAAGCAUCUUUAUGGCAGCACGUAGACAUACCGCCUGCUCCCGUAUAGACUGAGACUCGACGACUCGAGUGUGGAUUUUCAAGUUUGGAUUUACCAACAGGCAGCACCAAGGGGAAGCUACAAUUUUUAAAAGGAUAUAAUUUGAAAAUGUGUCGUAUCUUGCCUAUUUUGAGGGAAUAUUGUUUUUAAACAAUGAAUGGCAAUGAAGUGUAAUUUAAAGGUCGCUUGACCAACGUUUGAAAUAUUUUGGUUAGCUAUAGAGCUACAUGACAGGAAUAUACAUAUUCUAGGGCUUUAGCUAGCUUGCUAGCUGUCUGGUACCAGCUUGCCUAUAAUACAUCCGAACGGACGUCAACGAGAUGAUACAUUUAGAAUUUACCUGAGGAGAUUCACCUUUUACACUUUGAAGGAGGGAUUUAUCCAGAAAAGGAGGGAAGGGACACUAACUUCCCUCUCUCCCAGAGACUUGAAAGACUUUCCUUGGCCUGUGUUUGUGUGUAUAUAGGUUGGCUGAGGUGAAGCUUUAUUGAGGUACCCUCAGAAAGUGCAGGGGAAAGGCUAUGUACUUUAGGAGAUGGAGAGAAGGAAAGUAAGGAUCGAAAGUUAGUGUUGGUCGGGUGGAGAAAAGAAGCACUGUGCUGCUUAUCCGUUACCUCUGUAAAGACUAAAGAAAGGAGAGAAGGAGGGAGUCUACUCUAGUGGCAGGGCCCAGUUGCGUAGUCACCAGAAACGCUGGAAGAACAGCAGCCAGAGAACCUAGAAGGUGGGUAAGAAGAGGACCACAAAAGAGAGGAGAGACGGGGACUGAAGGAGAACCAAAGGGUCGGAGGAGAGGACGGGGAGGAGGAGGCGGCGCAUCCCCAUGGCGACGGACCCUGGGGAACCCACAGGGACGGAGGACUCUUCGGAGAAACCUGUUGGCGCACGGGAGGAGGAGACGGACCAGGAGAGCAGCAGGAGGGAGAGGACGCACAGCACCCCCUCAGACUUCCUCUCCUCCCAGACCCAGGAGAGGAGAACCGCAGAGGGAGGGGAGACAGGAGGCGGCGGUGGAAGGGGUGGAGGGCCCGGAGAGACCAGGGACCGUAAGGAAGUGGAGCCCCUGGCCGUUAGACCCAUGUCUCUCUCCACACCCUCGUCCCCGACUGCGGCGGCUUCAAGGUCAGGGGGUCACGGGCCGAGACUGAGGAGAGAGAAGCGUUUCUUCAGGAAGAGUGUGGAGAUCUGUGAGGAGGACGAUGUGGUAGCGGAUCCCCCAGUUGUCUCCCACUCCGCCCCCCACCUGGACUCAGUCAUCACCCUCGGUGGCGCCCAGGCCGCUACCGCCGCCUCUGCAGCCCUGGGACAUGACACGGCCGACCACGACCCAUCCAGCCUCAGCUCCACCCAGGACCCCGGGGCCAAGGAUGCCCCCUCUUCCGCCCCACCCCAGACGGGGAAGGAGCGAGACCGGGAGCAGGAGGAGGAGGCAGAGAUGAAGGCUGUGGCCACCUCUCCGGGGGGGAGGUUUCUGAAGUUUGACAUUGAGCUGGGGAGGGGUGCAUUCAAGACCGUUUAUAAAGGCCUGGACACUGAGACCUGGGUGGAGGUGGCCUGGUGCGAACUACAGGACCGUAAGCUGACCAAGGCGGAGCAGCAGCGUUUUAAGGAGGAGGCAGAGAUGCUGAAGGGCCUCCAGCACCCUAACAUUGUCCGUUUCUAUGACUCCUGGGAGUCAGUGCUGCGAGGGAAGAAGUGCAUCGUCCUGGUCACCGAACUCAUGACCUCGGGAACCCUCAAAACGUACCUGAAGCGCUUCAAGGUGAUGAAGCCCAAGGUCCUGAGGAGCUGGUGUCGUCAGAUCCUGAAGGGCCUCCAGUUCCUCCACACUAGGACCCCUCCCAUCAUCCACAGGGACCUCAAGUGUGACAACAUCUUCAUCACUGGCCCUACCGGCUCCGUCAAGAUCGGAGACCUGGGAUUGGCCACUCUCAUGAGGACCUCCUUUGCCAAAAGUGUCAUAGGUACCCCUGAGUUCAUGGCUCCAGAGAUGUACGAGGAACAUUAUGAUGAGUCUGUUGACGUCUAUGCCUUUGGGAUGUGCAUGUUGGAGAUGGCCACCUCAGAAUACCCCUACUCAGAGUGCCAGAAUGCUGCACAGAUCUACCGCAAAGUCACCAGCGGUAUAAAACCAGCCAGCUUCGAUAAAGUCAACGACCCAGAGAUCAAAGAGAUCAUUGGGUGCUGCAUCCGCCAGGACAAGAGUCAGAGGCUGUCUAUCCGGGACCUGUUGACCCAUGCGUUCUUCGGGGAGGACACCGGGGUGCGUGUGGAGCUGGCGGAGGAAGACACGGGCUGUCAGGACUGCCUGGCCCUCAGGAUCUGGGUGGAGGAGCCAAAGAAGCUGAAGGGAAAACACAAAGACAAUGAGGCCAUCGAGUUCAGCUACGACCUGGAGAACGACAGCGCAGAGGAGGUGGCUUCGGAGAUGGUGAAGUCAGGCUUCUUCCACGAGAGCGACGCUAAGGUGGUGGGUAAAUCCAUCCGUGACCGCGUCACGCUCAUUAAGAAGUCCCGUGAGAGACGCCAGCAGCAGCUGCUCCGACAGCAGCAAGGCUUUGAUGAGAGACGGGACUCCACCCUCACCUCCUCCACCUGCUCUCACCUCUCCUCCCUGGGGCCUGGGGUGGCUGUGUUGACAGGGGGAGGUGGGGGAGGAGGAGGGCAGGGUGAGGUUGAGGAGCUUCCAGAGGUGGAUCAGCAUGUGAGGCAACAGCAGCAGAUCCACAGUGGGAAUGCUCUGAGCCUGCCCACAGGAGGUGAGAGCAUUGGCUCAGCCAGCUGUGAAUCCUAUGCCAGUGGCCAGAGCCAGGCAUACCCUCAGCAAGGGGAGUCAUACAUGCUCUCUCAACCCAGCCUCCCUGCUGCUGCCUCGGCAUUUUUGGCCCACCACGAAAUGCUCCCGAUUGGUCAGAGCGGAGGAGUUUCGAACGUGCCUACUGGUCAGAGUGGUGGGAUUUCCUCCAUGUGCAUUGGUCAAAGCAGUGGUGGGGCACCUGUUGGUCAGCAGACUUAUGUUCAGCCUGUUGCUAUGGCAACGCAAGUCUCAUCAGGUGUACCACAGCAGUAUUCUCAGUCAUACCAUUCAGAUGGAUCACAGAUCGCACCAAUGGCCCCUUCCCAGUCCUGCGCACCCCCAGUUUCACCCCAAGCCCAGCUUAACAUUCUUCCAGCUCCCAUAUCAGUGGGAGACCCAACAGGACUAGUGGGAGUUGGUGACAUGGAGGCCAUGGUCCCUCUCCCACAACAGACCCAGGCCAAUGUCACUCCUAACAUCAUGCAGGCCUCUGACAUCCAGAUGACACCCCAGCCUUUAACCCAGCAAGCGCAGCCUUUCAUGAUUACCCAACAGCAGAUACUGAUGGAGCCACAGCAGCAGCAAAUGGAGGCUCAACAAACCACCCUGCUUCAGCAGCAACAACCACACCAACAACAACAGGCCAAUGUAAUUCCCCAGAAGGCGGUACUGAUACAGCAACAUAUAGAACAACAGCAGCAGACUAUAGCAAUCCAACAGCAGCAAACUACUGAGCUUCAGCAGCAAGUGUAUGUGCAGCAAGCUUUGGUUCAGCAGCAGCAGCAAAUGCAACAGCAUCCUCAGCAGCAGGCCUUACCACCACAACAGCAAUCAAUGGACCAACAGCAGCAACAACAACAGGCAUUGUCAUUACAGCAAGUGGAUCAAACCCAAGCCUAUGUGCAACCACCGCUAAACGACCUACAACAGCAGCAACAACUGCAACAGCAGCAAACAUUGUUGCUACACCAACAGCACCAGAUUGAACAUCAGCAACAACAACAAGCAAUGUUACUAGAACAACAACAGCAAGUGUACAUACAACAGCAGCUUGAGCAACAGCAGCAACAGGCGUUGCUACAAAAGCAACAACAGGCACGGCUACAACAGCACCAACUGGAGCAACAGCAAGCGCUGUUACAACAGCAAAUAUUUGAGCAACAGCAGCAGCAAGCGAUGUUACAGCAGCAGCAACAAGAGCAGCAGCAAAAGCAAGCCUUAAAGCAACAGCAACAACAGGCGCAACUACAGCAACAACAGCUAGAGCAACAGCAAGCGCUGUUACAACAGCAUCAAUUUGAGCAACAGCAGCAGCAAGCGCUCCUACAGCAGCAACAACAACUGGAGGCUCACCAAGCGAGCCAGAUCCAACAACAACCGGAAAUGCAUCAACAACAGCAAGCUGUGCUGCAACAACCGACCCAACUACAACAACAGGCGGUCGUCAGUCAUCCAAUCGACUCACAGCAAGCUGUGCUACAGCAACAGUUGGAACAGCAAGCCCUGCUACAACAGCAACAGCUUCAGCAGCAACAAGCAGUUUUACAGCAGCAGCAAUUGGAGCAACAGCAACAACAGGCACAACUGCAACAGCAGCUGGAGCUACAACAGCAGCAAGCUUUGUUACAACAACAGAUCGAGCAACAACAGCAACAGCAGGCGUUGCUACAACAACAACAAGCAGAGCGACUACACCAACAGGCUUUGCUACAACAGCAGCAGCAACAGAUUCAACAACAGCAAGAGACUGGGCAAUCGCAGCAGCAAACCGCCAAUAUUCAAUUUCAACAAAGUGAGAAACAAGAGACCACUUUGAUUCGGCAACAAUGUGAGCAGUUGCAAGCUUUGAUUCAACAGCAACAAAUUGAUGUGUGUUUGUUGCAGCAACAACAACAACAGCAAAACACUGCUAUGUUUCCACCUAGUCACACGAGCCUAACGCAGCAGCAAGUGACAGAACAACAGCAAGUAGCGCUGAUACAACAGCAGCAGCAGCAACAACAAGCUGUAUUACUGGAGCAACAACAACAAGCGUAUGUUGUCCAGCAACAACAGCAGGGCCAUCAGAGCUCUGUCAUUGAACCUCCUUCUCAGAUCCCCCUUGUUGCCCCAAACCUACCAGCAGCAGAGGUUAUACAGGCCAUGCAGGUCCAAGCUCAGAUGGCUGCCCAAGCCCAGGGUCAGGGAGCCAAACCUGUAGCCAUUCAGCCACAGAUUCCCAGCCAGGCUCCACUGGCUAUAGUGCAUGCCCAAGUCCUGGCCCAGAUUCAAGCUCAGAAUGAAGCUCACCCUCAGAGCCUGGGCCAUUUCCCAGUCCCAGUACUCCAGGCCCAGCCCCAGCCUCCACUCAAAGCCCAGCCCCAGAUGAUUGAAGUCCAGAUUCCACCUCACGUGGUGGCCCCGAUCCAGGCACCAAGUCCUCCGAUCCCUAUCCAGUCCCAGGCUCCUAUAGUACAGGCUAUCCAUCAGAUCCCAGCUCAAAUACAGGCCCAGGCUCCAGUGCAGUCACUCAUCCAACAGACUCCCCAGCCUCUGCAUCCAACCCAAGCUUUGAAUCUGAUUCCAGCGGUUGUUGAGACUCAGAUGAUGCCUCCUAUGAGGCAGAGUCCAGCUCUGGUCCAACCCCAACCUCCAGUCUCAAUAACCGCCAUGCACAGCCAGAUCCAACCCCAGCACGAGUCUCCAGUGCAGCCCAGUGUUCAGCUCCCAGGUCUAGCGCAGCCUCAACACCGCCCCCAUGCUCCAGCUGUACUACUGGCACCCCAGUAUGUCACUGCACCUCAGCCCACCCAGCAGCAAGCCAUACAGCCAGUCCUGCAACAACAACAUCAGGACAUCACACAACAAGUUACCCAGCAACACCAGCAGGUACUGUUGGAGCAACAGCAGUCCAUGGUGCAGUACCAGCAGAUGAUGCUGUCUCCUGGAUCUGUUGGUGUUGGAACUGUCAUGGAGGCCCCUGCCUCCACAGUCAUAGACCCUACCACCUUGGUCUCUGCUUCGCCUCAACACAUACAACAACAGACUGGGCAAGUGUAUAACCAAGGCCAGCAGGUACAGCUACAACCACAGGUACAGCUACAGCCUGUUCCACAGCCACAACAGCAGCAGCUGCAAGUAACAGGAAGCCCAGCUGUGGUGCAGCCGUUAAACCAACCCAUACCUCAGGCUCAGUCUAAAUCUAUGCUGCCUCAACCCAUUCCCAUGGAGCAAUACCAACAGCAACAGCUGGUGCAACAGGUUCCACAAGUCGUACAACAGACACUCCCACAGCAGCUUCAGUCUCAGACAGCCCCAAUUCAACAGGCUCUGCAGUCUCAGCAUCAGCAGGUCUCAAAUCCCGACCCAUGUCAACUGGGUUAUCAGCUUCCUACUGUUAACCCAGCACAGACAGCAUCCCCCAGAAACGUGCCCCAGCUCGGGUCUCAGACUAGAGCCCUACCCCUGUACAGUCAGGUAGUAGCAGGAGCAGGAGGUCUGCCACCAUCCCCCCAGCACCAAGCUCAGCUGACACAGCCGCUACCCACGCACACACACACCCAGAUGGCCAUGCAAGCUCAGGCACACACCCAGACACUGGCCCAAGCGCAGGCCCAUGCCCACACCCAGACCCAGCUCGCUGAGGCUGCAUUGGCGGACUCCACCACCGAGCAACAGCCCCCUCUGAAUCCUUCCCAGGCUACUUCCUUCCCUCUUCCACAGAUGCCCCCCAGUCCUUCUCAUACAUCGUCUCACCCCCACCCUGCCUCCCUGCCACCCCUCCAUCCUGCUAACCCUGGCCCAGAGACCCAGCCCACCCCACCAGAGAGCCAACUAACCCUGUCUGGUCUGGCUGAUGUCCCCUCGGGCCUGACCUCUCCCCCGGCUGUUGCCGCCACUGCCCAGCCCCUUGACUCUAACGCCCCCUCGCUGCUGCACCCCACCUCAACCUCACUCCAAGACUGUGACCCUGCUCUGCUGGGCAUUGCUCAGGAGAGUCCAAACCAGUCUGGCACAGAGAGACACUCCUCUUCAGGUGCUGUUCCAGCCAAUGGGGAUGGGGAUCUACAGAUGUUGUUAGCCAAUGGAAAACUAGAGAGGGUGAAGUCUCAGAGGAGAUUGUCCUAUCGGGGGGCAGAAAAGGGAUCCCAUGCAUUUCAACUGAGUAUGAUCCAGGUGUCCGGCUCUGGUGACAACAUGGUGGAGUGUCAGCUGGAAACCCACAGCAACAAGAUGGUCACCUUUAAGUUCGACACAGAGGGAGACGCACCUGAAGACAUCGCAGAUUAUAUGGUGGAGGAGGAUUUUGUCCUUGAGUCAGAGAAAGAUACAUUUGUGGAAGAGCUGAGGUCCAUUGUCAAGAGAGCUCAGGAAAUUCUCCUCACACAUCAACAGACUGGAUCUAUGGAACAGCUGCAUGUGAGCACUCCAACAGGCACAGCAAUGGACUGGGCGCCUCAGUCGUCUCCGGUGGGCAGAUGGAGGUUCUUCAUCAACCAGACCAUCAGACACAGAGACUCCACGUCCAACCAGGGAGGAGCGUCCACCCCUCCACCUCUCUCGACCGGAGAGGUCAGGGUUCCCCAGUCUACAGACACUGACAGAGAGGGGGGCGGAGGAUCCCAGAGAUCGGACUCCUCCUUCGCUGGAAUGGUCUCCUCUCCUCCUCCCCGCUCCACGUCCACCCUGUGUGUCCCUGCCACCGCCUCCUCCCCCCCUGCCUCCGCCUCCACCGUUUCUGCCCCUGCCUCCAUGUCUGCCCCCCCAGCCCCUGCUGCCCCCGCUCCUGACACGACGGCCUCUGCUGCCUCUGACAGUAGGGUUUCCGCCCUGACUUCUAGUCUCGCUAGUGCAGUUGUUGCCUCAGUCCCACACCCAGUCCCCGCUGCCUCGGCUAGGCUAUGCCUAGACCUGCAGGCUUCCAUUAACCAAACUUCCAGUGCCACCACAGCAACAUCCUCCAUCCCAACCACCGCUGCCAACCUCCCAGUCACUUCCAUGGUAGCUGCUUCUGCCACCAUCGCGCCCACUACCACCCCCUCUCCAACUGAAGCUCUGACCUCCCCAGCUACGAGUAGGGGCUCUAUGGUGAGCCAGGGCCGAGGACCAAGCCUGGGUGAUGUAGUAAAGGUGGCCACCCUAGGACAGUGUGUGUCUGGAGGGGACCACUCAUCCACUGGCUCAAUCCACCCACCAGUGGCUGUGGCUGCAACCGUGGCCUCUCCUCCUGUUAGCCGUGCCGGUCUGGAGCAGCAGCAACACACUCUGCCUCAGAUGCAGUGCACGGCAGCCCAGGUUCAGCCUCAGGUCCAGUUACAACAGCAACUCCAGACAGUGCAACAGGUACAGCAGCAGCAACCACUCCUAGAACAUCAGCAACAACAACAACACCUGAAGACUGUGCAACUCCAACAGGUACAGAAACAACAGCAAGAGUACCAAGAGCAGAUACAACUGCAGCAGCAGAAGAAGCAACACGCGUUGCAACAAUCUAUUCAACAGUUGCAGAUGCUGCAACAUCAGCAGCAGUCUGAGGUACAUUUGCAUCCCCAGCUCAGUCACACAGAGCCGUUACAACAACAGUGUAUGUCCCUGCAAUCACAGACAGAGAUGUUGCCGCUGGCACUACAACUACAGACUCAGCAAAUGCCUGUCCAAAUGCAGAACGCACAGUACAACACACAGUUACACAUGCAACAGCUACACCAGUUGCCACCACCACAGCAAAAACAACCAGUCAUUUCACAGCAACAGGCAGCGAUUGACUUGCAGCCACAGCAUCAGCAACAGUUAACUCUGCAACAAGCACUGCAUAUUCAGCAGCAACAGCAAAUGCUCCAACAGCAACAGCAGCAGCAACAACAGCAGCAACAACAGCAGCUGUCAGUGAACCAACAGUAUGUCCAACAACAAUCAGUACAGCCACUAAACAUGGCGCUGGUACAACCGCAAGCUCAACAACUCCCUCUAGAACAGACACAACAACUAGUACAGCAACAGCAGCAACAACAAAAACAACAAGAGGUUAACCAUCAGCAGCAGCAGGUGCCCCAGCAGGCUCCUCCCCAGAAGCAGACGUCAUUACAACAGUCAGAGUGGAAGAGGUCUACAGAGGAGGACGGUGUGACAGAGGAUAUAGGCAGUCACUCUGCCCCUCUACAUCCCUCCUCAGACUUAUCUUUGCCCCUCAACAUUAACACAACCUCCGAUGCCCCCUUACCGCCCCUCUCCCUCACCUUGACCCCAUCCCCAGUCCAACCAUCCUCUGUGGCCGAGUCGGACAGCGAGGGCCCUCCCAAAAUCGAGUUUGUAGACAACCGCAUUAAGACUCUGGAUGAAAAGCUGAGGAACUUGUUGUAUCAGGAGUAUAGUAGUGGGGCAGCUGUGACGGGGGGAGCUGCUGUGGCUUCUACCGCAGGUGCCACCGCAGUGUCAGCAGCCUCCACAUCGGCAGGAGGGGAUGAAUCCUCGGAGCCGCACUCGCUCCAACCCUCCUCCUUCCCUCCUCCCGUGUUGUCAUCCUCAGACACCUCUCCUCACUCUUCCUCCUCCACCACCUCCUCCACCACCUCCCGCUCCUCCUCCACCUCUCCUGAUCUGGAAAGGGGGAGAGGAGUGGGGGAGGAGGCUCCACCAGCAAGCCCGGUGGAGCAGCAGCCCGGCCCGUCUCUCUCCUCCGCCUCCCUCACUUCCUCCCUCCUUGCCUCUCCACACGGAGACUCGGCCGGGCCCCCGCCUAUCCCUGGAGAACCCACUGUUUUUGCUGCCCCCCCUCACUCUGACACCAGUACCCCAGGAGAAGUCACUACGUGGCCUGCAAAUCUGCACCCCGUCCCCCUGGGCCCUGGAUCGCCGCCACAGCACAAUGCAGGAGGUGGAUAUUUUGGCCUAAACCUGACAUGUCCUAGUAUCAGAAAUCCCGUUAGCAAGAAAUCCUGGACUCGCAAAUUCAAAAGCUGGGCUUGCAAACUGCGCCACUCCGCCAGCUUGUUCAAGAAGCCCAGAGUCCAGCAAGACGGUCACUUUAGUGGCAGUCAGGCAGUCAGAGAGGAGAGAGAGGGGGCUUCCUCCAACCCUCCCCACUCACUUAAGGGACGAUUUCAGGUCACCCCAGUGCCCCAGCCCCCUGAGGCCUCUCCCCCCAAGGUGGCAGCCUGUGGUACGGGCAGCAGCCACAGGAAUGUGGGGCGCUUCUCUGUGACCCAGACAGUGAACCAGAAAGAGGAGAAAGAACUGACAGACAGCUCCCCUGUGUCUCCUGACCUGGAGAGAGAGAGGAGGAGGACCCGAGGGAAGGAGGGAGAGAGGGAGGAGGGGAAGUGGACUCCAGCACUGAACCACCCACCCCGAGGACAUGGUCACGGGCAUGGUCAUUCUCCCCUGGGCAGUAGUGAUGAUGAGGAGAGUGAGAUGGAGGAUGAAGACCUAAGGAAGGAGCUGCACACGCUGAGAGAGAAGCACAUCAAGGAGGUGGUGUCCCUCCACGCUCAGCAGAACAGAGAGCUCCAGGAGCUGUACAGACAGCUGCGCUCCCUCAAAGACCACCGGCAGACCCUGCCCCGCACCCCACCCUUCCCCUCCGGGUCCCCAGCCCUCUCCCCCCGCAGGCACAGGCCAGCCAAAGCCAAGCUCCGACCCAGACCCCACUCACACAUGGACAACAAUGGACUCGCUGGUCACCCCGGUAUACAACAGUCCAGUAGUUUCUCAGGGGGAGAACAGAGAAAACUGCCGCCAUACUGCAACCCAGAACAAAUCACCCUACUGACUACCAAAAGAGACCACAAUCCUCCCUCCCAGGUUGCCAGAAAGAGCAUGUUCACAGAUGACUUGCACAGACUGGUGGAUGAUUGGACGAAGGAGACAGUGGGUCCCGCCGCCCCCAAGCCCUCGCUCAAUCAGAUCAAGCAGAUUCAGCAGGUGCAGGAGUUGGGAGGGUGGCCACAGGCCACAGAGGUGGCUCCUCCUGGUUGGUUCCCUGUGGCACCACUGAACCCCCAGGCCUCCCCAGCCCCCUCCAGCCUCACUGCUCCAGCUCAGUACACCACUGGGGGGGGCCAGUGGAGUGGGGUGGUGGGACCACCAGGACCACAACAACAACAAACACACAUGCCUCCAGUCCCUCAGCUGCAUCAAAGUUUACACCUCCAGCAAGCCCAGCCUACUCACCCAUUACAGAUACAACCCCUAAUCCAGACUCAACUACUGUCUCAGUCCCUGUCUCCCGUAGAGCCACAGACAGGGCAACAACAGAUACCCCAGCAACCCCAUUUAGGUGUAGGAACCCCACCUCCGAAUCAGAAUAAACCUCUGUUGCCUUCCCAGGUGUCCCCAUCGUCUCAGCUGGCCCUAGCUCAGCCUGGGUGUCUGAUUCCUGGGUCUAGCAACAAUGCGGUAGUGGAGCCCAUAGACACUGGCGCUGCUCCUGCCCCCGGUGGCUCCGGGGGGACAUUGUGCUUCUGCUCCUCCUCCUGCUCCUCCUCCUGCUCUGCUGCUGCUCGACCAUCCAGUGCCAAACUUCACCCCACGCCCCCAACCUCCACUCUUCCUCUGGGACAGCAGUAAAAAGAAAAUGAGAGGGGGAAGAGUGAGUUAGAUUAGGAUGGAACAAGGGAAGUAGAAAAAAAGAUGGAGAUGAUGGAUGUGUAAAAACCAUGUGGAAAGUUUGAGAGUAUGUAUUUUAUGAGAGGUAAUGUCUGACAAUGAGAAAAUGGACGCCAUUAUAUUUGUAAAGAUGAGAUGGGAAGUGAAUGUGAGAGAUGGUUGAGUCUAUGUAGACAGAAUAUGUACAGACAGAGGGCAAUAUGAAACUCUUGGGAGGGGGGGGGGUCAUGAUAUUGGUGUGUUUGAGAUGUACAAAAUUAGGUAAUGUGUUUGUGUUGCCAUUGAUUUCCUCAGUACAUAUUCCUUGUGUGUUUUGACACUAAGUAACAGUCAUGUUAUUUUUAAAAUCCAACUAAGUUUGACCCAGAACUCUUCCUCCCAAGCUGAGACAUGAAGGAACAGAAAACAUUGACAUAUUUUUGUUUUGUUUUUGUCAAUGCUUAAUUAUAUCGAAAAGGACUAUGAAUUUUAAAAGUGCAAUUAGUAACUGUCAUCUAAAUUGUAUCAUCCUGUGAUGUCCUGAUUUGUCUGUGGUGGCGUUUAACCAAAUAAUUUUGUAGAAGCACGUUGACAACAACCAACCAAACAUUUACGCAUUAACUGACAUAUUACAUGAGUAUAGCACAAAUGUUUCAACAGGCUACCAAUGAGAUAUAAAGCAGGUGCAACAACAGCAUGUUACAGUAACACCACAGAGCAUGGUAAUAGUGGUGCUACCUGGCUAUUAUCACUACCAUAAUGCCACUAAGCACACUGUUGUACAGUCUAGUGCACGGGCAAGGCAUGUAUUCGUGGAUUAUAAUUUUUUACAUUGAUAAAUAAGUGUCAAUUAGUAGAUUAAAGAAGAUUUUAAAUGACAUGUUGAGUAACAUGAUUAAAUUGUGAUCAAUAUAUGAAUAUGUUCAGUGAGCUUUCAUUGAAUAAACACUCAUCAAAACACUAAGACUGCAUGACCUUACGGCUACAAUGUACCUUGACUUGCCUGCAAUCUGCUUGCACUUGUGCUUAUAUUUCUCACGUCUGCUGUUGUGCACAACAACAAACUCUGAGGUAAUUUAUUGAUCAGAAAUAAAUCUGUUUUAUUUGAGCUAGAAUCAAUUUGUUUUAGGGAAAUAUUGAAUUUACUCAAUACCAAUUGCUACACUGCAUAUCAAAGGUGUCAUACAAGGAAAACUGAUAAGAAAACAAACUGCCAAGUAAUUUUAUGGAAUGGGGAAACCAACUAUAUGGGCUGUCCUCAUAUUGCCUUUUAGAAUGAAUACUUUACUGUGUGUGUGUGACAGUUUUAUUUUGUGUGACAAAAGCUUUGUAAUAUUGCUGCACUGCAUCACAAAUCGAAUCCCCACUACUUCCAUUAAAGCAGACUAACAUUAGUUGUUACUGUACCAGAUUGUUUACCUAUAGAGCCCAUCAUGUAUUGGUUCUGUCUCUCCUCAAGACGUCAAAGAAGUCAGUUAAGUGAGUGGCGCUCGAACCCAUAAAGUCCAUAGUAAUACAGUGCGUCCCAAAUGGCACCCUAAUCUUGUAAAGUAGGGUACCAUUUGGGACAUGACUUUACGGCUCCCGAGUGGCGCAUUUCUGUGCCAGAGGCGACACUACAUACACCCUGGUUCGAAUCCAGGCUGUAUCACAACCGGCCGUGAUUGGGAGUCCCAUAAGGCGGCGCACAAUUGGCCCAGCAUGUCAUUGUAAAUAAGAAUUUGUUCUUAACUGACUUGCCUAGUUAAAUAAAGGUUUAAUUCAAGAAGUGUCAUUGAAAAAAAAUAGUUUGUUAGGCAGAAUUGUGAGAGCCUUUUUCUGGAUUUAAGUAUUAGUGAACAUUUUUGUCCUUAACAAGUUGUUUUACGUGUGAAUUACUCUUUUGUAAAUUCGACUAGAAGGAUCUUUAACAGAUCUGCAUGCACACAGCAAAAGGUUUACUGACUUCCAUUUCUCAACUUACUCCAGUGAGUGACAGGGAUGCACAUGGACAAUGAGAUACAGUACAAUCAUCAUUGCAUUUAGCUAUACAUAUAAAUUUGACCAUUGAUAAAUACAUUUUCUGAAAGCUUACUUGGUACUUUAAGGUUUUUUAGUUAAAUCAGUAUUUCUGUUUUUAUUUAAAUGUAUAAUGAUAGAGAGUUUUUCCCACAGCAAAGAGGAGAUGGUAGAGCAUGUGUGAAAGACUGCUUCAUAGUGAGCUGAAAACUCUGAGGAAAAACAAAACAUUCAUUUUGGGGAGCUAAAACAGUUGGUGCUUAUAGUUGUUCACAAACUUAACACUUUACCAAUUGCAUAUGAAUAUAUAGUUUAACAUAAUGGUUUUCAGUAUUUAUGUUUUAUUUUUAUGAGACAACCCACAUUUUCACAGUAAAAUAGUUUAAUAUUAUUAGUGGAGGGGAGGAAGUUACUGUGCUGUCAAGUCAAUACUAACAUGUUGACUAUAUGUCACAGCUUUGAUGAUAUUCAUGAAAAGGAAAUGUGGAACUCGCCCUGAUGUGUUACCAAAAUGUAAUCUAAAGGAAAAAAAUAUUAUUUUUGUAUUUUGAAAUGGGGUUGUACAAAAUGUAAAAUCGUGUUCUUCUGAUCAGUAUUUUAAAAUAUGAGGUUAUCUGACACUAGAAAACAUUGCUUCUCAUCUCUGUUGGAGUCCCCCCAGGAUAUAUUCUAUUCCUCUCAGACUUUGUGUUGAAACAGAGUAAUAGCUACAUCAUGUUUCAAUUGUGAGAGGUUUUGUCAGUAUGGUUCUAAUCAUAGAGAUAUACUGUAUCAACUUGUUUUUAUGUCUACGGAAACUUGAUUCACUGGACAAACAAUGAAACACCGUCAAGAGGUAGGCCUAGACUACCUUUAGGCCAUUGGGCUCAUCUAACACACACUUCUCCUGAUAUUACACCUGACUGAGAACCAAUGAUUUAGAAGGACAUUUAAAUACAAAAACCUAUAAAUAAAAUGUAUGUUUCUGGUGAUUUAACCUCUGUAAUAUUGUAACUAAUUCAAUUGUUGAUUUUAUUUAUGUUUUUGUAACUAAUCAAAAUAAAUGGUGUUAAACAUCAAACUGUUAA